AUGAGCCUCCCCUCCUUUGCCCUGGUACCUUGGGCGCCUGCACAGGGCAGGGAGCGGGAGGAGGAGGAGGAGAGUGACAACCAGGAGGAGUCGCGUGGCAGGGAGGGGCCCUGGGGGAGGGCAGGUGGAGGUGGAGAAGUACAUACUUCCCUCUCAUCUUUCUUCGAUAUGAGCCAGAAAAAUCAAACAAUUACUGAAUUCCUCUUCCUGGGGUUUUCCAACCAUCCAGAACUACAGGGAUUGUUCUUCCUAAUAUUUUUGGUUGUAUAUCUGGUAACUCUUCUGGGGAACCUCCUCAUAUUAACAGCCAUCAGAAUCAACCCUGUUCUUCAUACUCCUAUGUAUUAUUUCCUCAGCAACUUGUCCUUCCUGGACAUCUGCUACACCUCCACCACUGUCCCCAUCUUGCUGGUGAACUUUUUCAGAGAGAAGAAGACCAUUACUUAUGAAGGCUGCCUGUCCCAGAUCUUCUUCCUUGUUACUUGUGCUGGUACUGAGGGUGUCCUGUUGGCCACUAUGGCUUAUGACAGGUUUAUAGCCAUUUGCCAUCCAUUACGCUAUCCAGUCCUCAUGAGCAAGAGGGUCUGCGCCUACUUAGCAGCUGGGUCCUGGUUGUGUGGAUUAGUGAAUUCUCUGACACACACAGGGCUCACGGCAACUCUCACUCUGUGUAGUUCCAAUGAGAUCAGUCAUUUUCUCUGUGACAUCCCCCUACUCCUGAAGCUCUCCUGCUCAGACACUUCAGUCAAUGAGGUCGCACUCUAUGUGGCCAGUGCCACCAUUGGUGUGAGCCCCUGCCUCUUCACUGCUGUGUCCUAUAUGCUCAUUAUCUCUGCCAUUCUGAAAAUCCAGUCUGCUCUAGGGCGGGGCAAAGCCUUUUCCACCUGUGCCUCUCACUUCACUGUGGUGGUCAUCUUCUUUGGAACUGCUAUCUUUAACUACAACCAAUCCGGCUCAGUCUACUCCCUAGAUGUGGACAUCCUGGUCUCAGUCCUCUUCUGUAUUGUUACCCCCAUGUUAAAUCCUAUCGUCUACUGCCUGAGAAACAAGGAAGUCAAGGGGACUAUAAGGAAACUGGCUAGAGAAUCCUGGCUGACUGCCACGUCAAGAUACCAGCCCGAGCCUUGUGGUUCUUGCAGCAGCUGGCAGGCUGCCCCCCGGCCAGAGGGGAUGCUCGCUAUCAGCAUGCUGCUCAUUAGGAAGCAUCUUCUGAAUUCAAUGAUCCAAGUGCUCUUUCAAAGGAGAUUCAAGAGAGCCAGGGCACCUGAAUGGAGCCCUGAUGCCCAUGUGGAACAAGUCUGCUGCCGGCAUGAGGCUUUCAAAGACUUCAGGGAAGAAGGAUGUGGAGGAAUUGGAUUUGAGAGACCUGAUUGUUAG